ACGAACUGUACGUCAAAGUCCGCGACACCUCCCGUCUUUGGUUUAUCUUGAGCCGCUUUGCCGGUGUUGCUAAUAGGUUUCCUCUCCAGUUCAGUGCCAAAGCUUCAGGGCUGCCCAUGAACAGCACCAUGGCCGCGUCCUCGCAUAGGAUAAUGUUGGGGCCCCUGGUUGCAGCCAUCGACCAGGGCACGAGCUCCACUCGUUUUUUGGUGUUUAAUUCAAAAACGGCCGAGCUCCUCAGCCAUCAUCAGGUGGAAAUCAAACAGAGCUUCCCCAAAGAAGGAUGGGUGGAGGAAGACCCCAAAGAAAUCCUGCAGUCGGUGUACGAGUGCAUGGAGCGUACGUGUGAAAAACUCACCCAGCUCAACAUAGACAUCUCCAACAUUAAAGCUAUUGGAGUGACCAACCAAAGAGAGACCACGCUUGUUUGGGACAAAGAGACGGGGGAGCCUCUCUACAAUGCCAUCGUUUGGCUGGACCUGCGGACUCAAUCGACAGUUGAACGUCUAAUCAACAAAACGCCAGGAAGGAAUAAGAACCACUUGAAGCAUAAAACGGGGCUCCCGAUCAGCACUUACUUCAGCGCGGUGAAACUUCGCUGGAUGAUGGACAACGUGGACGAGGUCCGUAAAGCCGUCGUGUCACACCGCGCCAUGUUCGGCACCGUGGACUCCUGGCUCAUCUGGUGUUUGACUGGAGGGAAGUCGGGCGGAGUCCACUGCACAGAUGUGACCAACGCAAGCAGAACCAUGCUGUUCAACAUUCACACUUUGGACUGGGACCCAGAACUUUGCGAAUAUUUUGGUAUUCCCAUGGAGAUCUUGCCCAGAGUGAGAAGUUCUUCAGAAAUCUAUGGCCUCAUGAAAAUAUGUUCUAGUCGGAAAUCUGGAGCUCUCUCCGGUAUCCCUAUUUCAGGGUGUCUCGGGGAUCAGUCGGCAGCUCUCGUUGGACAGAUGUGUUUUCAGGAUGGGCAGGCGAAAAACACGUAUGGAACUGGCUGCUUUCUCCUGCGAAACACUGGAGCCAAGCCUGUAAUGUCGGAACACGGCCUUCUGACCACUGUGGCGUACAAACUUGGCCGGGACCAACCUGCCUGUUACGCGCUCGAGGGCUCUGUGGCCAUCGCAGGAGCUGUGGUUCGUUGGCUGCAGGACAAUCUCGGGAUCAUCGGGUCAUCUGAAGAGCUCGAGAAGUUGGCUGCAUCAGUCGGCACAUCCUACGGUUGUUAUUUUGUUCCUGCAUUUUCGGGUCUCUACGCACCUUACUGGGAGCCCAGUGCGAGAGGGAUCAUCUGUGGGUUAACUCAGUUUACUAAUAAGAGUCACGUUGCAUUCGCUGCACUGGAAGCUGUGUGUUUCCAGACACGGGAGAUACUGGACGCCAUGAAUCAGGACAGCGGCAUCCCACUAACUCAGCUCCAGGUGGACGGAGGAAUGACGUCCAACAAGCUGCUGAUGCAGCUGCAGGCAGACAUUCUCUGCAUUCCUGUUGUGAAGCCGUCCAUGCCCGAGACCACAGCUCUGGGUGCAGCGAUGGCGGCAGGGGCGGCGGAGGGUGUGAGUGUGUGGAGUCUGAACCCAGAGGACCUGAGUGAAGUCACCUCGGAGAAGUUCGAGCCUCAGAUCAACACCGAAGAGAGCGAGUUUCGGUACGCUCGAUGGAAGAAGGCGGUUCAGAAAUCCAUGAACUGGGAGACGACGGAGCCUGCCGGUAAUGGAAACGGUGAAUCUAGUAUCUUCAGCAGCGUCCCCCUGGGCUUCUUCAUCAUCGGCAGCUUGUUUAUGUUAGUCGGUGCAAAAUACCUCGCAGGCAACAACUAGGCUCAGACUCCUGGAGGCAUUAAAGCAAAGAGGAAGAGGAAGCAAACUCUUCGUCUGGACCACCACCUGUACUCUCGGUUGCACUUCCAAAAGGCAUUACAGGAGCACAACACUGCUGCUGCAACUCACUGCAAAACCAGGCCAAGUUUGACUAACGGGACUUUAUUAUUACUUCCCCUUUGCUUUUCUUUUGAAAUGCAUCUUUCACCGCAGCAGACGUUGGUACGUGGAGAUUAAUUCAAGCGGGAGUGUGCAUGCAGUAUUUCUUUUUUCACUAUGUUGAUAUGAUUUUGAAUUUCUGAGAUUAUUUAUGUAGAAACUCCACCAAUGGUACUUCAGAUGGUUGUAAAAGUUCAACUUGUCUAAUUGGCAUUACUUGUUUGUGUUGCUCCAGACGCUCCCCUAUGAGCGACAGAGGACUUUUUUUAACAGCACUUUUACUUUUUUUGUUUGGUCUCGUGGGAGCUGUGAACUAACAUUUUAUUUUUCUAUCAAUUUGGGAUUCUGACAUAGAACGCUUGAAUAUAUGUAAAAUAUGUUUUGUGUAAAGGGUGAAGGACAAUGAUGACGCCGUAGGUAAUUGUUUGGAUUGUGGACGUGAUCCUUUUUCAAUUCAUCUGUGGGAAGUACACAUUUUUUGUUGCUCCAGUUAUCAACCUGAAAUGUUCCCAACAAGUUAAAUGAAGUUCCACGGCAUGCAAACUGUUUACACCUUUAAUAUGCAUCCUUAAAGAAGUGUAUUGCACUCACAAGUUCGAGUAGUACGCAGGAAUAUUAGUGCCACAUGUCUGACUUUUGCACAUGUGGCACUAAUCAUCUUCCGUAGAUUCUUCAUUUUUGUCUGAUUUUUAAUUAUUUUCAUUCAAAGGAAGAUUUAUAAAAUCAUAGAAACACAAGUUCUUAAGCUGUAUAGUCAUGGUUUGAAGAGUUAACUUUAAGGAAGUUAAAACGAGUUAACAAACAUUUAUUCUGCUGCCCAACAUGUUUGCUUCUGUGUGGAUGUGAUGUGAGCUUCAUGGAGGCGGAACAAGUAUUUUUGUUUAAGAUAUAAUUCAGCGUUUGCUUUAUAUGGUCCUGCAGUUACUUUUUGAACUGAAGGUAUGAAAUGACUGCACUCAAAGUGCUCUUCUGGGAUAUAAACACUGUUUUAAAUCAGCUCAAAUUAGACAGACUUACACUUAUAGCAAGCGUGUUAGCAAAGUGUGCGACCGAUUCUCAUGCGAGACCUUCCAACUGUUGGUUUUCAUGAUGAAUUGUUUCAUAUCUAACAAUGGAAAUAUGUCUGCACCGUUUUGCUACUCGCUCCGAGUUUCAUUCCCCUCGACCCUUUCACACUGGAAUCAAUAUAAAAAGGAAACGUAAAAAAAAAAAAAGAAUGUACUGCUGGUUUAAAAUGACGAAACAAUGUGUGGAAACGUCUUUUAUGGGAGAGCUAAUGUCAUGACAAAUAAACGUAUUUAUUUCUGAA